AUAUUAAACAAACACCCAAAAGAUCCACAAGAACAAAUUUGAUACGCAAACAUACGCCUGAGAUCAAAUAAAAAAGAUACUCACCUACUAGUCCGGCUAUACCCUCACCAAUGCCCAUGAAUUUGAAACGCUUAUUUGGAGAAGACGAAGAUGAAGAAGAAGAAGAAGAAAAUUAUUCAAACCAACAACAAGAAGGAGAAGAGAAUCAACAUCAUAAAUCAUCACCGUCAUCACCAUCAUCAUCAUCAUCGUCAUCAGCCGCCGCGUCAUCAUCAUCGUCAUCUUCAUCGGGUUCAUCAUCAUCAAAUAGGAGUAGAAGUAGUAGUGGCGGCAGUGGUAGUGGAAGUGGCAGUGGAAAAGAAGAUGAUGAUAAUGGGGAAGUAAUUUCUCAUAAUAAUAAUAAUAGUAGUAGUGGGUAUUUUCAAGAAGAAGAGGAUGAUGAUGAUAAGGAUCUUUUUGGGUCUGAUAAUGAAGAUUAUGUUAAAACUCUUUCUAAGAGUCCUUUCCCUGUUCCUGUUUUACCCCCUAUACGUAACACUAACCACCACACAAGAGGAGGCUUUGGCCGGGGUCGAUGGCAAAACGAUAGAGGAGCUGGCAUCCUUCCGCGACCUGGACCUUAUCCCCCAAGGCAGAAUUAUGGUUAUGGUCCCAAGUUUUUCAACGGCCAUCGUGAUGAACGCUUUGUCUCUGAAUUAAAGUUUGCAAAGAGUGAAGAAACAUUAGCAAGAAAAUGUAUAGCAUUUCAAGAGCCAUGUGAACUCGCGUGCUUCAGUCGAGUUGAAGGUGGAGAAGUCUACUUUGAUGACCGCAGUUUGAGGUUAUUCAAGCGUCUAAUUACUGAAGAUGUUGGAGCAGACCUGAAUGAAGGUUUUGACACUUUUGUUGAGAAGAAAGAUUUGGGUUCUCAAGGUUUUGGUGACUUACUGGCCAGUAUCAGGAAUAAAAAUAUACCGCUUGAUAGAAUGCAUUUUGUGACUUAUCGCAACAACCUCAACAAGAUAAUGGCUACUGCUUAUCUCAGGCAUGAACCUUGGGAAAUGGGAGUGCACAAAAGAAAAGGGGUUGUUUAUCUUGACGUACAUAAACUGCCAGAAAGGCCAAAGAGUGAGCUGGAUCGGAGAAGGUGUUACUGGGGAUAUUGUUUCGAGAGCCUUGCAACAGAAGAUCCAGCACGCUCUGAUGGAGAAGGGAUACACCAUGUUGAUGCCAAUGUUGAAUACUGUGCUGUAGUUAAGACCAAAUUAGGGGCACAUCGUAUUUUAAUGGGGGCUGAAAUGGACUGUUGUGAUUCAACUGAUGAUGGGAGGAGGUUUUAUGUGGAAUUGAAGACUAGUCGCGAGCUGGAUUAUCAUACUGAGGAAAGAUACGAGAGGGAGAAAUUGCUCAAGUUUUGGAUCCAGUCAUUUCUUGCUGGUGUACCUUAUAUUGUUGUUGGUUUUAGGGAUGAUGCUGGUCGUCUUGUCCGCACGGAAAGAUUGAGAACUAAAGAUAUCACUCACAGAGUAAAAAUGAAAAAUUAUUGGCAGGGUGGAGUGUGCUUAGCAUUUGCAGAUGAAGUAUUAUGCUGGCUCUACGGGACAGUUAAAGAAAAUGAAGACUACAUAUUGCAGUUUGCUCCACCUUCUGCGCGUUUGGAGCUUCUUCAAGCUCAGUCCUGCCCUGAUGCAAUAACGGACCAUGUUCAACAGUUAUAGUACCUAUUUUGGAUGAUCAAAUUCUUCAUAAAUGGUUUUGAGGUGGUAACAAAUCUAUAACGUAGGGCUGUUCGCUGAAGAGUAAGGACGUUCCCCCUUUCGUUUGCGGAAUUUUUGUAUCAACUGUAAUCAGUUGUAAGGUUUUUUAGAUGCAAGAACAUUCACCUUCGUUACAGUUGUUUACAUUGAGCGUUAUCCAAGUUAAAUUGUAAGGGGCAGCGGAAUCCUCCUUUCCAGUUCUCCAAAACUGGGAACAGUGUAAAAGUUAACCGAAAUGGCUACAAAAAUUGGAAUUCUCAAUUUUGUUCUUUGAACUGUGUAUUUCUUGUCUUGGGAGUUCUCUCAUUUUUACUUCCAAUGGGAAUUCAAUGAUGAAGUUAGAUCGUUGUCAGUUU